UCAUUUGUAAUUGUAAAGAUUGGCCACAACAAAACUUCUCAAGUCUCACCAAGAACACAACUUUCCACAUGAACACCCUCCAACCAACCCUCAAACCCUUCAAAUGGAACCCAAUCCCCAAACCCACAACAAUCUUGAAACCCAAAACCCAAAUCAACCCAAUCAAAUCACAAUCAGCAGGCAAGAUCAAACGUACAGUUCUCACAAAAGAAGGUAAAACCAAACUCAACAUAUCUCCUGACAGAGACUUCUAUGCAUACCCAAGAUUUGUAACCCAUGUAGACAACACCUUCAUUCACACAUUAACCAAUCUUUACCGAAACCGGUUGCGCCCAGAGUUUGAAAUCCUUGACCUCAUGAGCUCAUGGGUUAGCCAUCUGCCCAAAGAGGUUAACUACAACAAGGUAGUUGGUCAUGGGCUCAAUGCACAGGAGCUAGCCAAGAACUCUAGACUUGAUUACUUUGUUGUUAAAGAUCUUAACCAAGAUCAGAACUUUGAGUUUGAUGAUGCUAGUUUUGAUGCUGUGUUGUGUACAGUUAGUGUUCAGUAUUUACAAGAGCCCGAAAAGGUUUUCGCUGAGGUGUUUCGGUUGUUGAGGCCGGGUGGGGUGUUUAUAGUGAGUUUUAGUAAUAGGAUGUUUUAUGAGAAGGCGGUUGGAGCGUGGCGAGAAGGGACCGGGUAUGGGCGGGUGCAGUUGGUGGUUCAGUAUUUUCAAUGUGUUGAUGGGUUUACUGAGCCUGAAGUGGUGCGGAAACUAGGCGAUGGAAAGACGGGAGAUGGGUCGGUUUUCGGGUGGGUUAAAGGGGUUUUGGGAUUGUUGUCUGGUUCAGAUCCUUUUUAUGCUGUUAUUGCUUACAAGAAUUUUAAGCCUAUCUAUGAUUGAUCAGUUAUUAAAUUUGUUGAACAUUUGAGUUAUAGCUAUCAGAUUGUCUUUGAUUAACCAGCCGUUAUGAGAUGUGAUGCAAGUUGUAAUUUAGAGGUGUUAAAUGGAUCGUAUUCGUAGGGUGACAAGAUGAAACCGAACGCGGCAAGAAGUUGGAAACUGUGGCAGAGAUAUGAACCCGAACAUGACACGAGUUUUCUAGUUUAUAUUCUUUUCUUGCAUAUUUAGAUUUACAUAUGUACUACUAGAAAUACAAAUGCAUAUAAACAAGAAUGUUUAAUUA